AAGGGGAUUUCGGGACUCUUCUUUUGUCCUGCAUGAAUGUGUUUGGGGCCCAGACAUGGAUGCAGGGGUCACAUGGUCCUACAAAACACCGAAUGGGUUAAAACAGAGGGGGUUGUAGUUUAUGAAAGAGCGGCGGAGGAGAAAGAACAGUUGUUGAUAGUUUGGAGAGGCUACGAGGGGAAUUAAAGCUGAAAACAAGAAGGACAGUUUCGAGCCUUUAAGAGCUGAGAGGGCUCCUGGCCAGGUGUCUGCUGAGGCCUCAUCAUGAGCUGGAGCUUCCUGACGCGUCUCCUGGAUGAGAUCUCCAACCACAGCACGUUCGUGGGGAAGAUCUGGCUGACUGUGCUCAUCAUCUUCCGCAUCGUGCUGACGGCCGUGGGGGGCGAGACCAUCUACUACGAUGAACAGGCUAAGUUCGUCUGCAACACGCAGCAGCCCGGGUGUGAGAACGUCUGCUACGACGCCUUCGCUCCUCUCUCACACGUCCGCUUCUGGAUCUUCCAGGUGAUCCUGAUCACCACCCCUACCAUCAUGUACUUGGGCUUUGCCAUGCACAAGAUCGCCCGCAUGGACGAUGUUGAGUACCGACCUCUUCAUUGCGCCGCGAAGAGGAGAAUGCCCAUCGUGACCCGGGGGGCACAGCGGGACUACGAGGAGGCAGAGGACAAUGGAGAGGAGGACCCCAUGAUCACUGAGGAGAUUGAGGUGAAGGACAAGGAGAAGGUGACAGAAGGCUCUGUGAAGAAGCACGACGGUCGGCGGCGCAUCGCGCGUGACGGCCUGAUGAAGGUGUACGUGUGUUCGCUGAUCUCACGCAUCGCCUUCGAGGUGGCCUUCCUGUUAGGCCAGUAUGUCCUCUACGGCUUCGAGGUGGCGCACUCCUACGUGUGCAUGCGCUCUCCCUGUCCGCACAUGGUGGACUGCUUCGUCUCGCGGCCCACCGAGAAGACCAUCUUCCUCCUGGUCAUGUACGUGGUGUCUCUCCUCUGCACCACACUCACCCUCCUGGAGAUUCUCCAUCUCGGUGUCGGCGGGGUCCGCGACACCCUUCGCAUGCGUGCAAGACACCUCCCCACCCCACCUGUGGCCCGGGGGUCCCUCUGCAGUUCCCGCCAUGUGCCCACGGCCCCGCCAGGGUACCACACGGUCCUGGGGAAGAAGGACCCGUCGGGGAAGCUGAAGGCAGAGUUCAGAGAUCCGUUGGUGGGGGACUCUGGGAGGGAGAGCCUGGGGGACGAAGCGUCCAGCAGAGACCUGGAGAGGCUGAGGAAGCACCUGAAGAUGGCCCAGCAGCACCUGGACUUGGCCUACCAGAACGAGGAGGGCCAGGGGUCCCCGUCACGGAGCAGCAGUCCUGAGAACAACACCACGGCUGCAGAGCAGAACAAACUCAACUUGGCUCAGGAGAAACAGGCGGUGGCCAGAGAGAAAGGAGUACAUGCCUGAAUCCUGCUUAAUGCCCGCUCGACUGCCUGCCUGCCUGCUUUCUCUUCCCAACUGGUCCUCCACAGAUGGGGAAGCACAUGGGAACACAGCCAGACAGCGGAGAGACUGAAGAGUAUGGUUGUGUGAGGGAUGGAGGGCCUUGCAGGUCCAGGGACAACGUGAAUGUAAAGCUGCCCAAGCUUCCGUAAAGCUACAGUACAAAUCUCCUUAGCGUCUGACUCAUUCAACUUGAGUGCCUCCAAAUACUUUGGUCUCAAGUUUCAGCUUGCCCAAACCCCACACCCUACUUUGGCAGUGCCUAUCGCUGAAGCACAGCCUUCUAGAUUUAGUCGACACCCCGUUUAUUUUUGCCCAAAGGUGUUUUUGUUUGUCCGUUGUUUUAAUUUGUUUGGCAGUCACUGUUCUCUGGUCAGUUUCUGUGGUCUGUCAGGUGGAUGGGUCUCAUUCUGUUCUCCGGUCAGUUUCUGUGGUCUGUCAGGUGGAUGGGUCAGUUUCUGUGGUCUGUCAGGUGGAUGGGUCAGUUUCUGUGGUCUGUCAGGUGGAUGGGUCUCAUUCUGUUCUCCGGUCAGUUUCUGUGGUCUGUCAGGUGGAUGGGUCAGUUUCUGUGGUCUGUCAGGUGGAUGGGUCAGUUUCUGUGGUCUGUCAGGUGGAUGGGUCAGUUUCUGUGGUCUGUCAGGUGGAUGGGUCAGUUUCUGUGGUCUGUCAGGUGGAUGGGUCAGUUUCUGUGGUCUGUCAGGUGGAUGGGUCAGUUUCUGUGGUCUGUCAGGUGGAUGGGUCUCAUUCUGUUCUCCGGUCAGUUUCUGUGGUCUGUCAGGUGGAUGGGUCUCAUCCAGUGGAAGCUUUAAUUUACCCCCCUCCUCUCUAUUGACAAAGUUUACUAGUCGGUCCAAUUUGAAGAGAGAGGCUCAACAAAGUCUUAAAAGCAUUUACUGCACAUGUUGUUAUGCCAGGGCUUGUUGUUGCUGGAUACAGAGUGAACCGCAGUGAACACUUGCCUGCAGGGGAUGUCCUUUUGCACAGACAUUAAGAGGAUGUUCGUGUGUCCAUGUAUGUGUGUUGUAUACAAGGUGGUGGGAGGUUUUCUGAAAGUGCAGUUCUUUAACGAACGCUUUUAACUUAAUCUUGGACGUUAACUGUACAGCUUUUGUCUGCGUUUUAGUAAUUAAAAAUGAUUUUUUUGACAUUCCAUGAGACUCCUCAUUGUUAAAGCCUUGUAUAUUAGUCAUUCCAACAAAUUGGCCAAAUGUGAUAAAUACCUGGGAAAUGCUUGAAUCCUGUGACUAUAAAUGUUCUUCCAUGCUGUUGAAACACUCCUGUAGUCCUCCUGUCCUGGUUCCUUUUGUUCAUGCUAGUAGUCAGUGUUUAAAAAAUAUAUGUUCGUACUGAAUUUCUAAGGAGGCAAAUGCACCAACAUUUGCUUAUGUUGUCAUGUGAUGGUUCUUUGAAAUGGUUGGAAACGAUCUUAUCGUGUGCUGUGUUCAUUUAAUUUUUCCUUUUUAAAUGUUUUUUAUUCGUUACAAAAAUAACCGUCCAAUGUUUUUCUAUUUGGAGUGUUUUUGUUACAUUGUUCCAAGUUUUGUGUUUUUUGCAACUGUAGAGUUUAGUUUCAUAGAAAUACAUGAAUAAAUAUAUUUGAACAGAA